ACUCCUGGACCUUGAAGGGUGUCCUUGGGACACCCUUCAAGGUCUAGGAGUGAAGUAAAGCUAGUUUACUAUAUUAUCUUCAUUACGAAUUAUAGUAGAUUUAAUGGUUUCAAUUGAUAAUUCAAAUUAAUUUAUCUUUUUAAAUUUUCCAAAUAGUUUUACGGUCCCUUUAAUAUUGGUGUCAUAUAAUGUCAAGUGGAUAAUUCAUAGAAACUUAGGAUAUUCUAUAUAUGUUCUGAAAAUACAUCUCUCUGAUCCUGAAAUGUUCAAAUUUUCAGCUGUUCUAUAUAUAUAUAUAUAUACUAUAUAUAUGUUAAGUGUAAAUUUCCUUUGGACCUGGGUUAUUAUGUAUCUGUGACUGAAUUUUCCUAGGAACUGAGGAAAAGAUGGGAAAUGUUGGAUCAGAGAGCCAAGAUGAAGCCAAGGGAAGAGUAGAGAAGGAGAAGUACCUAAUGGCUGUGCUGAAGUAAAACCAAACUUCCAAUUGAACUCGUCAUCAAAUUCUGCUAUCGGAAUUGAUCUGAUAUUUGUUUUAAAAAUGUUUUCAGUCGGAAACCUUUUUCAAAUAAGGAAUUUAGAUUUAAUGUGAUUAAUAGAAGUUUAAAUUUCUUUAUUCUAAUUUGACCAUUUUAAAAGAAUAUUAACUGUUAUUUGACCAAUUAUAAAGGAAAAUGCUAAGUUAAAGUUGUGAAAAUUAAAGUAAAAAUGGUGGUGGCUCGUGGCUGCCGGAAGAGAAAAAAGCUAAUAUGUGGCAUGGAAGGGGAAAUAGUGGUGGCUCAUGGCCGCCUGCCUUCCCCCGCUCUUUACGUAGCUUCUUUCGGUUCAUUAUUCAUGUAGCUUCUUUUCAGUUAUUAUUCAUGAAGCUUCUCUUCGGUUUAUUAUUCAUGUAGCUAAAAUUUUUAGUUUGUUAUUCAUGAAGCUUUUUUCCAGUCUUCUAUUCAUCACAUCGAUUCAGCCUGAAGAUUAUUAUUCAUAUAGCUUCUUUUCAUUUGUUAUUCACGUAAAUUCUUUUCGGUUUAUUAUCUGUGUAGCUUCUUAUCAGUUUAUAUUCUUGUAGCUUCCUUUAGUUAAUUAUCCAUAUGAAGAUCAUAGUUCAGCGCCCGCGAUUUAAAAGCUUCGGGUUGAGUCGUAAUUUCUUACACCCGGCUUUAAGACCCAAUCUUAGGCUCAACUUUGACGACAGCUUGUGUCACGUGAUUGACAGCUACAAGAUCUUAGGCUCCACUUAGGAGUUAGGCCCAAAGAAAAUAAAAACCGACCUUGGGUGGUUUUAGUGGAGAAUAAGGCUCUCAUAAAAAACUAUUUCUUCAAUGAAAAUCCGCCAAAUAGAAUAUUAAACCUGUUUUUGAACUCAACUCGGGAAAAUAAGAUGCCGUUAGAACCCGAAAGCUCAAGCUGUAAAUAACGCCCGACGGCAGCUUAUGAUAAAAAAUUAAUAUUUUAAGGCUUAGCUUUGAUUAAAAUGAAUACCGUAGAGAAGAAAUUAUCUGCCUUUGACUUUGAUGAAGAAAGUGAGGAAGAUGAACUUGAUGAACUUGAAUCAGAUCUUGAGCGGGAACAAUCUGACAAUGAACUAGAGGAGUCGGAUUCUGAGAUCAGUCCUGUUGAGCUGUUUAUAAAGGAAUUCUUUAAAUGCGAUGAAAACGAGGAUGAUCCCAAUGAUCUGGAGGAUUCGGAGGAUGAUACUUGUGACCUUGAUGUGUCGGAGCCUCGGAGGAGUAUUAGAAACCACGCAGAGUACAUUCAUUGUUCACUGUUUAGUGAGUUCAGUCCACAAUGCAAUAUAACCAGAAAAUAACAAUGUAAAUUAAACCAAAACAUUGCAUUCAGGUUGCUAACAUUUUGUGACACUUUGUGCGUUUGCCAAAGUUAUGUCUUAUAAAUCUUGAAUAUGU